AUGGGGAGUAUUCAUUUAGCCCUUGGAGGCAGUGGCGCUAUACACUACUGGCUCAAGGUCGAUGAGAACCAAAAAAUUCUUGAUCGUAUGGUCAUCAAAGACUUCUGGUAUGGAGAAAGUACAAUCGAGCCGCCAGCUUACAAAGGCAUAUACGAAGACCUCGUGUACAAAGGAAUGGACUUCGGUGUCAAUCCUGAUAGACCAGGCAAAGCGACAGCUGACGAACGAUUUCUCAGAGAGGCCUAUCUGCAGGGCUUGAUGACCAACAGAAACCAUGCCUCUGCUACUAACACGGUUCCAUUGCGAGGCUACAAGAAAGGCGACAAGCACGAAUACAACAAGGAUGGAAGCGUAAAACGCACACACUGGCGUAUUUACCUGGACUUAUUGCACGCAGGCGACCUCAGUAAUUUGAUCGAAGAACAUACCGUCGCGGACGAGUUCAACCCCAAGAUAAGACAUCCGGAGCACCCACUCCCCGAACCCUAUAUCUGGUGGGUCUUCACGUGCAUCGCCGAAGCUUUGCUUCACCUGGAGUCCGUGGUACAGGCAAGACCCAACGCACGUCAAGAACAAGAUGAAGUCAUUGCGUUCUUAGACAUGAAGCCACUGGACAUACUGCUGGACUCGCAACGAGGAGACCAGUAUCCAAUCUACCCGAAACCGUUGUUGUCUGACUUUGGCGCAGGCCACAUCCUUUACAAAGAAGAUCCGCGUCAGGACGACAGGCACGAAGCUACUUACCCUCAUGAUGCCACAGCGGGCUUCUUCCCUCCCGAGAUGAGAAGACGCACGAAAUACGGGGUCGAACGAGGUAUCACGGACAAACCUCUGUACUCUUGGACCAAUAUCUGGCAAACAGGUCGCAUCGUCGAGUGUCUGAUGAAUCUGAAACAACGCAUGGAUCACGAAAAAUACUCAUUGGUAGCUAUGGAAGAUUCAUGGAUCAAGCAAGAGCCACCCAGAUUCGAGAAACUUCCUCAUUUCAGGUACAGCGACGAUCUGAUCGACCUUGUCUGGCAGUGCCAGCGCCACGAGCCAGAGCAGAGACCUACCCCAGCCGAGCUACUGAAGCUGAUCAGAGAGCGUGCACCCAAACACAAUCUCGGCAUGGAAGAAUGGGGCAAUGCUACUUGGAUCCAGGAACAGGAAAAGAAAAAGGCAAACCGGCCCAAGACCUACGCUGGAGUCUUGAAGGGGAAAGGCCCUACCCAGAGUAUGAAGAAGCGCGAAGCGGCUGGCAAACUGGGUUUCCUCAAUGCAUAUCCGCCCGAGUGGGCGAAGAGAUAUUACGAUUUGGACAUGGAUCUACCCAAUGGGGCCGAGAUGCUCUUUUAUGGCAACAAAGACUAUGCCAAAGUCACUACUCAAGCCUACAUCCCUCCGAAGAAGAAGUUCGAUCCGCUCGCAGGCGUGGACUGGGCUGCUAGCUUUGGAUGA